GGUUUGCUAAAGGUACACACACAGACACUUGUUCUGCUGUAGUUCAGUUCAGUGAGUUAAACUGAGUUGCAAUCCUUGAUGAACAUCAUGCAGCCCCGCAGGAGUGGCUCAGUGAUUCUGAGCAGCAGCAGCAGCAGACAAAGCCGAGCCAGUGUGUCCUCCUUGGGCAAGGGCCGUGCAACCAGUGUGUACAAUGCGCCAACACGGAGCACCCGCAUCUCCGUUGCCUCCUCUGGCUAUGGGUCAGGAAGAGGCUCCUCUUCGGGAGGGUUUUACUCUGCGGGCUACAGCUCAGGAAUGUUGGGGCCUUUAAACAUAAACGAGAAGCAGAUGAUGCAGAACCUGAACGACCGCCUGGCCACGUACCUGGACAAAGUGCGCACCUUGGAGAAAUCCAACAACCAACUGGAGGCUCAGAUCCGGGAGUUCUAUGAGAAGAGGACACAUACAGGCAGCAAGGAUCUGGGCGCCUACUGGAAAACCAUUGCUGAUCUGCGAGCACAGAUCAACAAUGCUUCUUUGGCCAAUGCCAGAGUUCUUUUACAGAUUGACAAUGCGAAACUGGCUGCUGAUGACUUUAAAACCAAAUACGAGUCUGAGUUGGCUAUCAGACGUGGCGUGGAGAUGGACAUUCAGGGGUUGCGGAAGGUGUUGGAUGAACUGACCAUUUCCAGGUCUGACCUGGAGUCACAGAUAGAAGCAGUGAAAGAAGAGACAAUUUACACCAAGAAAAACCACGAGGAAGAGCUGAAGUCUCUCCGCAAUCAAAUUCGAGGCACUGUCACAGUGGAUGUUGAUGCUAGUCCUGGUGUCGACAUGGUCAAAGUUCUGGCUGAAAUGAGAGAAAAAUAUGAACAGAUGGCAGCGAAAAACCAGAAGGAAGCUGAGGCCUGGUACAAGGAGCAGUGCGCAAAUCUACAGCAGACAGUGGUCACUAACACUGAGAUGGUACAAACUGAAAAGACACAGCUUACAGAACAAAGACGCAAACUACAGCAAUUGGAGAUUGAACUUCAGACAUUGCUGUCAGUGAAAAUGUCCCUGGAAGAGAGUCUAGAGGAAGUGGAGCAUCGUUACGCCAUGGAACUGCACAGACUGCAGGGAAUCCUGAAUGAGCUGGAAGCAGAGCUGAUGCGUAUCCAUGCGGAUGCUGAUCUCAAAUCCCAGGAAUACUCUCAGCUUCUGGAUGACAAAACCAAACUGGAGAUGGAGAUCGCCACAUAUCGUCGCCUUCUCCAGGGAGAAGAUGUUCGAUACAACACAGAUAUCAAGACGGAAAAUGUCCAAGAGUCAAAUGUGGUGACAACAAAAAAGGUCGUAACAAUCACCAAAACAAUUGUUGAUGGACAAGUGGUUGAAUCACACGAAGAAGUUAAAGUGGAUUAACCAAGGCACCCUUGUCCAGUGCUGACCUCAGGAGUCCUUCAAAGAUUAUCGAAUCUAUUAGCCAUGCUGUAACAUGUUGCUCUUUGGGGUUUUUUUUUGGUCUGUAAUAAAAUAAUCUGGAACACCA